AUGAUGCUUCGAUCAAAAGCCAAAAACGGUACUAAUAUCCCAGGUAGCUAAAAAUAUUGAAAUUAAAAAACAAAUGGGGUUUUUGUUCAGCUCCGGAUCAGAACAAGAAGCGAAAGCAGGAAACACAACAGGCCGAAUUCAUCGUCCAUCCGACCGAGCCGCAACCGAAAAAGGCGCCGAGCAAAGGCCUCUCCGAACUGAGCAAUGUAAAUUGGAAAACAGUAAUUGAGAGAAAAUUGAUUUUCAAGGGUAUCCUCGACUUUCAAAUCGAUUCGACAAAACGUGUCUCCAAGGCGCCUAUUAAGGAGGAGAAGGAGAAUGCGAAGUUUUUUAAUAAAAAGAUUAAACCAUUAAGAAUACGUUUUCAGCCCAACAGUGAACAAAGCGGCGCCUCAAGGGGUCGACGCAAUCCAGCUGUCUUCAAAUCCGACGGACCCUUGUCCUAACUUCGACUACGACGCCGAGGAGGCUGGAAACCCUGACAGUGUUUCUGAAUACGCCAUGGACAUCUUCCGUUACUACAAGUCUCGCGAGGUCUUCUAGCUCGAAACUGUAGAUCCUGAACUGGAGAACGAUUGCUAUAGGCCAUUCCGCGCUAGCUUGUCACGUUUUUCUUUCCACCAAAAGGCCAGGUCAAAUUUAAUCAACUUUCGCUACAAGACCUUUGUUUCUUGCCGUUAUAAAAGCAGAAAUUUGAUCUAAUUUGGUAUACGGGCGGAAAGAAAAACGUGACAAGCUGGCGCGGAAUAGGCUAUAAAUCUUACUUGAAGUUCGCAAUCGAUUAAAAAAAAAUUUUUUUUGAGUUUCAAAUUUGAGCGCUGCAAAAUUCUCGCUCGACUUCAAUUUAUAGCCUGCUCAGCAAUAACGACCGUUUGGUUUACUAUUUGAAACAUCGACCUGAUGGUUUAAAAAUGAAGUUGAGAGUCGAAAAAGUCUCGGUUUCGAUGUUUCAUGAGAAUGAAAAGAUAAUGUAGUAAAAGCUUUUGGAUGCUUCAGCGAAUAUUCAAGAAGUUGCGAGGAUCGAAAAAAAAAGUAUAACCAUUCAAAAUAGAUAGAAAAGGAUGAUUCAAUUUUUUGUUUAUCUAUCAGAUUUCACAGUUUAACAGUAACUAAUGAAUUUGAAACAUAUACUUUAAUUUAGAUAAUUAAAUUUUGAGAAAAUUCGCAAUAGAAAUAUUUUCUUUGUGGCCAGUUGCGCGAAAUUCAAUCCGCGCUCCACCUGACGGGCGGCGCGAGUUUUCGGCUUUUAAAUUUCCUUCAUUUUGAUCCAAUUCUCUUCUUUUAUAAAUCAUAUUUCCUGUAUUUUGAACGGUUGACAAUAAGUUCUCAAUUUCAGAAGCACUUCCGCAUCGCUGAUUAUCGUGCGAAGCAUCCAAAGAUUGAACCAACGACUCGCGCGAUUCUCGUCGACUGGCUUGUUGAGGUUUAUUCUGUGAAUAUUUCAAAUAAAAAAUAUAUGGUUUUAGCUACAAGAAACGUUCGAACUCAACCAUGAGACGCUCUACAACACGGUCAAGAUCUUGGACAUCUACCUCACCAACACGGAGAACUUCAUGACCCCGGAGGAGCUUCAACGUAUCGCGUGUGGCGCAAUGUUUGUUGCCGCCAAGUUUGACGUGAGACUGGAGUUGAUCUCUCAGAAAAAUCGCUGAAAAUUCAGGAGCGCGGCCCACCAAUCAUCGAGGACAUUCUCUACAUGGCGAACGACCGAUUCGACCGCGAGGUGUUGUUCGCUACGGAGCGCGACGUCUUCAAAACGAUCAACUUUGAUUUGGGAGCUCCGCUGAGCUAUCGCUACUUGCGUCGUCUUGGACGGGUGAAUAAAGCUUCGUUAUACUUACUAGAAAGGAAGUUAAUAAAAAUGUGCAAGAAAAAAGUUACGGUUUGUCAUUUGAAGACGAUGUAAGUAUCUUUGCUUUUUUAUAACUAUAGUCUGUUCAGGUUUUGAAUGUCAAGUCGUCGCUCAAGCUCCGCCUAUAAUGUGGGGAAAAACCAAUGAUAGAGCGAGCCAUUUACAGAUUGUUUUUGAAUGACGUCAUUGCACUUGACAUUAAAAAUCUGAACAGUCUAUAUAAAGAUAAAGUAAAUAGUUUAUUUUUUUUAACUUUGUUAGUGGUUCUCUUCAAGCUUAUUCAUUAGAAAAAUUCGAAACAGUGAAUUUUUAAACUGUACUUUUUUUGUCUGCUUAAAAAAAGUACAGUUGAAAAAUUUAUUAUGAACUUUUUGGUCUGCUUAAAGGAAAAAAAGGCUCAGAAUGAUAUAUUUCAUUGUUCUGAAUUAAUAAAUUUUUUUCUGUAGAGAUGCCAUGAAAGACUGGAAGACUGCCAAAGGCACUUCAGAAAAUAUUUAAAGUUGAAUCGGUCGAGGAUCACUUUGCAGGUGACUCGCUUAGACAUGGCGACUCUGACGCUGGCUCGUUAUCUUCUGGAGAUGUCUCUUUUGGUCUACGAGUACGCGUUGGUCUCUUCCAGUCGCAUGGCUGCUGCGGCCUAUCUCUUGGCCAUGAAGAUGAAGGACCCGGCGUUCAAAUGGUCAGCAGAAACUCUUGAUCAACUCCAGUUUCGUUUCAGGACGCCAGUUUUGGAGAAGUACAGCGGGUACAAGGGAUCGGACGUUGUCCCACUCAUGGAACAUCUCAAUCACUCGAUCAUCUACAUCAAGCGAAAUUGGCAGCAACUCAACAACAUUCGCGACAAGUACGCUCAUGAGUGAGUUUUUUUAUCACCUUUCUUAUGAAAUAUUUUCUUUUUAGUGUCUUCUUCAACGCAUCGCUGGUCAAACUGCCGGAGGACACGACGGGCGUCGCCCCCAACGUUAUCGGACCACUUCCUCAGAUGUCCUACCCUUAA